AUCUCCGAAGGCCAACUGUUCAAACCUCCCCCAUCUACGAAUAAAGAUAGUGGAGCAAAUAUUCACCAGGUCUCUAUGUUUCAACGUCCCCAUCAAUCCUUCCCCGUUCUUCACUCUUUUCUUCCUUCCUUUUCAUAGAUCUCACCGUCUACCGACAAUGUCGGUUUCCGCCGUCGGAUCUUUCUGGCUUUCCCCAUCUCCCGGGAAGUUGCCACGGCCCAGGAUGGUCGUCCGAUCUAGCGCCGUCUCCGUCGCUCCAAUUUUGACUCAUUUACAGAAGCAGUGUGCCACUCCUUUGCCUGUUCUCCGCCACGUGGCAGACGCCAUGGCCGCUGAUAUGCGGGCCGGGCUUGCUGUCGACGGUGGUAGUGAUCUCAAGAUGAUUCUCAGCUAUGUCGAUACUUUCCCCACUGGGAAUGAGAAAGGCUUGUUUUAUGCUUUGGAUCUUGGUGGCACGAACUUCCGAGUGCUGAGGGUGCAAUUAGGGGGGAAGGAUGAGAGAGUGAUUGCCACUGAAUUUGAGCAAGUAACAAUUCCUCAAGAGUUAAUGUUUGGUACCUCGGAGGAACUUUUCGAUUUUAUUGCUUGCGGACUGGCGAAUUUUGCAAAGAAGGAGGGUGGAAAAUUUCACCUGCCGAGUGGAAGGAAAAGAGAGAUUGGCUUUACAUUUUCUUUCCCAGUCAAGCAAACAUCAAUUGACUCUGGCAUACUAAUGAAGUGGACAAAGGGUUUUGCCGUCUCUGGAACGGCAGGAAGAGAUGUGGUUGCUUGUCUAAAUGAAGCAAUGGAAAGGCAGGGACUAGAUAUGCAGGUGUCAGCUCUGGUUAAUGACACUGUAGGAACAUUGGCCGGAGCAAGAUACUGGGAUGAUGAUGUAAUGGUUGCUGUCAUUUUAGGAACUGGAACCAAUGCGUGCUAUGUAGAAAGAACAGAUGUUAUUCCUAAACUACAGGGCCAGAUGUCUUCUUCUGGAAGAACGAUUAUUAGUACUGAGUGGGGGGCAUUCUCAAAUGGUCUACCUUUAACUGAGUUUGACAGAGAUAUGGAUGCUGCUAGUAUCAAUCCUGGUGAGCAGAUAUUUGAGAAGACAAUCUCUGGUAUGUACCUUGGUGAAAUUGUAAGAAGGGUGCUACUCAAGAUGGCUGAAGCAGGUGCUUUGUUUGGCGAAUACGUCUCAGAAAAGUUAUCCACACCUUUCAUACUCAGGACCCCAGACAUAUGUGCAAUGCAGCAGGACAAUUCUGACCAUCUGGAUGCUGUUGGAGCAAUCCUGUAUGAUGUAACUGGGGUAAAGUCAGACCUGAGUGUCAGAAAGAUGGUCGUGGAGGUUUGUGACACCAUCGUGAAGCGAGGUGGGCGCUUGGCUGGUGCAGGCAUUGUAGGGAUUCUCCAAAAGAUGGAGGAAGAUUCAAAAGACCUCAUCUUUGGGAAGAGAACCGUGGUGGCCAUGGAUGGAGGCCUAUAUGAGAACUACCCCCAGUAUAGAAGAUACCUCAAAGAAGCCGUGACAGAGCUUCUGGGGUUGGAGAUGUCAAAGAAUGUAGUCAUAGAACAUUCAAAAGACGGGUCUGGGAUUGGAGCUGCUCUCUUGGCUGCUUCAAACUCCAAGUAUUAAGGAGAUUUCUAGGACAGGGUAAAUUUCUUGCCCUGUAAUUUUUUUCCAGUGUUAAAGCAUCCCAUGAUUGGGAUUUUGUAUGUAGUUACUGGGUUGUGAAUAAAGAGCGAGUAAAGCAGCCAUUGAACAGAAUUGAAGUAUAGUUGUUUCAGGUUUAGAUUGUAAUUUUUAGUAGGUGCUUGAACUAAUAAAGGUGAUAGUCUGAGAGAUGAACACAAAUUUGUUGUGAACUAAUGCAGCUGCAUGCAUUAAUCCGAUGAGGUGAACAAGGGUCUGUUUGGAAGUAGAGAA